AUGUUCACUCUCCCAAGUUCUUCGAACAAAUAUUUUGCUUCUACCAUACAAAUACUCGAUACUUAUGUUUCACCUAUAUUCACCUCAAUUUUUCAACUUGAUUUGGAUGAAAAUUCUCAACUCGAAUCUACACUUCACUCAAUUUUUAUUUCAAUUUAUUCUAUUGGAAUAAGAGUUGCAUUUGUAAUUGCAUAUUUAACGAUGUUUGUUGGGAUUAUUGGAAAAAUUGGAUAA